CACACACACACACAAAAUGAAGGCGGGACAUUCUUGUUGCGCUUACGAAGGGUGGGACAGUGGUUUAUAUGGAGGUAGAGAGUGACUGUAGCAGCAUACAGUAACAGCAGCGAACAAGAGACACUAAGAAAUGGAAGACUUGAGCAUUCAAUAUGUCAACCUGGAGCAGUCUGAGAACCUGGAGAGGCACCACACAGAAGGCUUCAGCAGCUCCAAAGCUCUGGUGGUGCGGCGAGGAGAGCCGUUCAAGAUCAGCGUGCGGCUGGAGGGUCGACCCUUCAACCCCAAGACCGACUCUGUUCGGAUUAAAGUCAUGCUAGGACGCCUGUACGUGGUGAUGCCCGUGACUUUCUCCAGGAAGCCGUCGUCCUCCAACUGGAGGGCCUACAUCGACCCUCAGGGCUUGAAUCCCCAGGCGCCGUCCAUCUACAUCUGCUCUCCCGCCUCGGCCUCGGUGGGCUGCUACAGGUUUCAGCUGUUCGUUUUCACUAAGAACAACAAGAGGAGCUGCGCCACCGGCAGGUUCAUCAUGCUCUGCAACCCCUGGUGCUCCGAUGAUGUGGUUUAUAUUCCGUUUGAGGACCAGAGAGAAGAAUACAUCCAGAGCGACUCUGGGCUGCUGUUCAUAGGGACGCCCAUGAACGUGGUGUCCAGGCCGUGGUCCUUUGACCAGUACGAGCCCGGUGUCCUCGAGGCCUGCCUGAAUCUGCUCCAAGUGAGUCCUCUGCACAAGAGGAAUCGAAAAAAGGACUACUUGAGGCGAAACAGCCCCAUUUACAUCAGCCGGGUCGUCUCAGCCAUGAUCAACAGUGAGGACGAUCGAGGUGUGCUGAAAGGCAACUGGUCCAAGGAUUUCGAAGAAGGCGUGAAUCCCUCCAUGUGGACGGGCAGCGGGGACAUCCUGCAGCAGUGGGCCCAGUCCCGCUACAGUCCGGUCAAGUACGGCCAGUGCUGGGUGUUCGCAGCCGUCAUGUGUACAGUCAUGAGAGUUCUUGGCAUUCCUUGUCGCGUCGUCACAAACUUCAACUCGGCUCACGACACCAACGACAACCUGGUGAUUGAGGAGUUCUACAGCGAGACGGGACAGAAGCUGAAGCAAAGCCAGGACAGCAUAUGGAACUUCCAUGUGUGGGUGGAGUGCUGGAUGGAUCGCAGGGAUCUGGGAUCAGAAAUGAACGGCUGGCAAGUUCUGGACCCAACUCCCCAGCAGAGGAGUGGAGGAGUUUUCUGCUGCGGCCCGGCUCCCGUCAAAGCCAUCAAGAACCGCUGUCUGGACAUGGUUCACGACACCCGGUUCGUCUACGCCGAGGUCAACGCAGACGUCCACCAGAUCAUCGUGAGCCAGGGUCGCGUGCUCGGCGUCAACAAAGACACGGAAAGAGUCGGAUCGCUGAUCUGCACCAAGGCCAUUGGAUUUCCCAGACCGCUGAACAUCACAGCAGACUACAAAUUCAUCAAAAGCCCGACUUCCACGCUCUCAUCGAGAAGUUCCUCCAGUAAUGAAGACUCAACAUUAAGAAAUGGGUCGUCCAGAGGAGUGUUUGUGUCCCUGUCCCUGGAGAAAUCUCCCGUUGCCGGGGAGCCCGUCCGCUUCGUCGUGCAAAUCAUAAACAAGCACAGAGUCGCCAAGUCCAUGAAGGUUCACCUCAACGCUCAGGCAAAGGAAUACAACCACAGCCCCUCAGAAACCUUCUGGGAACUACACGGCACCAUCCAGCUGGCGCCCAUGGAAGUCAAAGUGCUGAAGCAGCAGAUCCUCCCCGCUCAGUAUGAAGACGUGGUGGGAGACGACUUGAUCAACCUCGCUGUCGUCCUGGAGGACACCUCCAGUCAGGAGCGGGUCCUCGCUUCAGAGGAGUUCAACAUCUCCAGCCCAGAGCUCAUCAUACAGAUCGAUGAAGACUCCUCCAUCGUGCCAAACAAAGAGCAGUCGGCCGUCGUGUCCUUCACCAACCCGUUCUCACACCCGGUGACCGGGGUGCUGAUUGUGGCCGGGGCCGGGCUCAUGCAGGGCAAGGUGCACUACAGGAUGCCUCCCCUGCUUCCAGGUGGAAGAGUGGAGCAGCGCAUCACUUUCACCCCCAGCAUGGUGGGAGUGAGGAUGCUGCAGGCCAGCCUGUCUCUCUUCAACACAAGGACCACCGUCAGAGGCUUCAGGAUGAUUUCUGUCCAGAGGCAGUAGCUCCUGCAGCCAUUUUCACAUGCACUGUUCUGUUUCAUAUGAAUGUUAUUUAUUUAAAUAUUUAUGUUAUUUAUAUUUUUUAAACUUUGAAUGGAAUAAAAAAAAACAUUGCUGCCUGAACAUAUGAAUAUAUGCGAGCAAAAGGAAUGGAAAUUGCAAUUCACCAGCUUCACAUGAGGAUGAAAACAUGAAAUAACUGGUUCAGUGUUACUCGUAUUAUGAACAUACUACAGUGCUAUGGAUAUGUAUAUUUUAAGCAAAAUGUCAAAUACAUCCUGGCUAUAACUGUUGCAUUUUCUGCCGCUUUUCAAGAAUAAAUUCAAAUGUCAUCGCAAGUGA